CACUCCAUACUGUUCAGGGAGACGACGCCUGACAUGCCUCCGGGGUUUUGGUCGCUAUCUCUGAGCCCGUUCACCUCAGAGCGGGGUGCGUUUCGUGACCACUGUGCAGAGUUAGCAUCGCUAUCAACAGCUAGCCGCUAGCUGCUAGUUAGCUGCUAGUUAGCCGCUAGUUAGCCGCUAGCUGCUAGCUGAAGGAGUUGGCAGGCGCUCGUCCCAGUGGGCAUAUCGCUGGUCAUUGUUCCUCCUCUUGUUGCUAAAACAUACAUGGCAUCAACACGUGGUGCAUACACGAUGUGGAUGUCAGGCUGGUGACCUGUGCCACACAGUGCGGCCUGUCUGCAGCCACAUGCUAGAGGGGCAUUUAAACCCCAUCCACUGCACUGAGAAGCUAGCCGCUAGGUUAGCUUCAGAGCUAGCUACGCUCUGCUCUCCCAGCUGCUACCCCCCAGUGAAUGAGCAAAUCCUGAACAGACCCCUGUGAGUCUGGUGUCACCGUGUAUACACACACGUUAGCUAGCAUGCUGAGCUCGUGGUUCAGCCUUCACUCCUGUUAAUCAUAACAACACGGAGGCUAGCAGGCUAGUUAGCAUCCUGUGUAGACAACAAAGCUCAGCCACAGACGUGCAUGCAGCAUUCACGGGUCUGCUGUGUGUUCACCCCCUGGGCUUUAACAGGACUGGUUCAAUCCAUAACAGGCCGAAUGCACCAGAUUGUGUGUGACGUUAUUGUGGUUCUUAUAUAUAUUUAAGCAAUGACUUCUCCUUUGACACAUUGUGUCCUAACACUGGUUAUAUCUGGUGAGGCGGCAGGAUGGCGGGGGCAGAGGUGUACACCCCUGCAAACCCCACCUGCAAGAUUAUGACCUUCAGGCCCACCAUGGAGGAGUUCAAAGACUUCAACCAGUACCUGGUUUAUAUGGAGUCUCAGGGUGCACACCGCGCAGGCCUGGCUAAGGUGAUUCCUCCUAAAGGCUGGAAGCCCCGUCGUACCUAUGACGACAUAGAUGAUCUAAUGAUUGAUGCGCCCAUCCAGCAGAUGAUGGCUGGCCAAUCAGGGCUCUUCACUCAAUACAACAUUCAGAAAAAGCCUCUCAGUGUUCAGGAGUUCAGGCGAUUAGCAAACAGUGACAUGUACUGUACACCUCGCUACUUGAAUUAUGAAGAUCUUGAGAGGAAAUAUUGGAAGAACCUCACUUUUGUCUCACCCAUAUAUGGUGCGGAUGUCAGUGGUAGCCUCUAUGAUGAGGAUGUGGAGGAGUGGAACAUUGGCCACCUGAACUCUAUCUUGGAUGUUAUCGAGGAGGACUGUGGUGUAUCCAUCCAGGGGGUUAACACUCCAUAUCUAUACUUUGGAAUGUGGAAGACCACCUUCUCCUGGCACACUGAAGAUAUGGACCUGUACAGCAUCAACUACCUCCACUUUGGAGAGCCCAAGUCCUGGUAUGCCAUUCCCCCUGAGCAUGGGAAGAGACUGGAGCGUCUGGCUACAGGUUUCUUUCCCAACAGCUUCAAGGGCUGUGAGGCUUUUCUUCGUCACAAGAUGACUCUAAUCUCCCCUUCCAUACUUAAGAAGUAUGGCAUUCCCUUUGAUAAGAUUACUCAGGAAGCUGGAGAGUUCAUGAUCACCUUCCCUUAUGGCUACCAUGCUGGCUUCAAUCAUGGCUUCAACUGUGCCGAGUCCACCAACUUUGCCACUGUGCGCUGGAUAGACUAUGGCAAAGUAGCCACGCAGUGCACAUGUAGCAAGGACAUGGUGAAGAUAUCCAUGGAACCCUUUGUGAAACGUUUUCAGCCUGACCGCUACGCCAACUGGAUGGUGGGCAAAGAUUCUGCACCUCCCGACCACAUACUUGCUACUCCCAGUACGACACCGGAGCUGCAGAGCUGGUUGCAGAGGCGGCGCAAGAGCAAACCUGCUACCAAAGGCUGCACCCACACUCGUAUGCGCUCCAAGCGCCUUAGAACCACCGAGGAGCCUAUCGGCCUGGAUGGCAGCUCAGCAUUAACCAGCAGCAAGAGGAAAGGCAUGGGCGGUCCACCUGGGCCAAAGGUGCGAAGGACUGUGGCAGGGACGAGCUGCAGGGAAGAGGAAGAGGAGGAGAAGGAGAAGAAAAAAGAAGCAGAGUCGAAGCACAACCAGAUCCAGAACUCCAUUCAGCUUCCUGGUCCUUGCAGACAGAUGUGUGUGGUCAAGGUAAAUCGUGUAGAGAGUAAUUGUUUGGGAUUUUUGAAUAAGGAGCCAUCCCAUAACUCUCGCUGCAGCUCCAUUCCCUCCACUGCUUCAGCAGUGAAGAAGGACCUUAAGGCAGAGAUGGGUACACGCAUUGACCCUCAAUGCCUCUCAGGGUCAGGGGUCACGAGCAGGACUCCUGAAGGACUCGGACAAUGGGCCGAGGCUACCCAGAUGCAUCCGGGAAUUAAUGAGCCAAGGUGUUGCUCUCCUGAACCACAAGACCUCUUAACUUCUCAGGACUGCUCUAUCAGGGUCUCUCCCCUGGAGGCCAACAAACUCUGCUCAUCUUCACACACAACAAGCACUUCUGCUGAGACUGAGAUGAGCUUGCGUCCCGCUGACUCUGAAGCUCAGACAUCUAGUUCCUCAUGUAGAGAAGACACUUUAAGCCUAACACCAAACACUGACAGUAGCAUGAACACGGGUACUCAGAGUAACACUAACAGCACUGCUAAAGCAGAGAAAAUGGACACGUUUGUUGAUACAAAACAUAUCAAUCCACACUCCACUACAGAAGCACUUUAUGAUCUCAAAACUGAGCCAGUAGAGGGGGACAGUUACACAUCAUGUGGCUCCUCCUCCCCUUCAGGACCCAAUGUCAGUUUGGAAAAAAACAGCACUGAGGAAAAUCUUUUCCCUCCUCUGCUACAGAGGAAUGCAGUGGAUAUGCCACAACUCACUCCGGAGCCAGCAGAUAAGGUUGGAAUCUGCCCUUUGCCCCCUGUGCUGAUCCAGGAGAUGCCCUCGCUCACCCCAGCUGAAGACGUGCUAACCAACGUCCCAAAAGCGAGCUCACGCAGUCACCAGGUUGCGCCCGUGCUUCAGCGGGAGACCCCAACCGGCUCUCCGUCCUCGCAUGAGGCCAAACAGGAAGAGAGCGAAACCGACCCAAUGAUGUCAAAAGAACCUCUUACUGUGGAAAACGCCAACAAGUGGCAUUUAGAUUCUCCAUAUAAUUGCGAUGGGGCAGCAGUGUCUGGUUUAGAAGGAAACACGGCUCAUUUAACCACCAAUGCGCUGCACAAAAUAACAUCUGGUGGUGUCCAUGAAAUGCUAAUAAUGCCAGGAAUAGCUGCAGAAAAGGACCCUACAAAGCUGGAAAAUGUUACCACUGGACAGACUGAUGCUUCGUCUCGCCAGCUAGUUCAGAGCUCUGCACCUCAAACGGAGCAGCAAUACAGCUUAGCAGAGUUGGCGAGUAAAGAUGACUCGGUUCAAAGGGUCAGUGCAUUCAGUCCGAGCAGUUGUGGCUCUCUUUUAACUUGCACCUCAAACAAUAAUCCCCCAACCCCUUCCUCUCCAUUAUGCACCCAGAGUGACAGUCCCUUAGCAUUACAACUCCACCACCACACUACAUACUCCACUUCGCAUUGCACUUCGGAGAACCCAUACAUGGAGCCCAAACCUUUCUCCAGCAGCAUCUGGAAAAACUUCAAUUCCCAGGGUCCUGCAGUUCUUAUCCAGAGUCUGCACCCAGAACUCCCGUCUGACUUCACCCAUGACCCCCUGCCUUACACCAUGUGGACUGAACCUCAGUGCAAAGAAGUCACGGACCUGGAGGAUGCAGAACAGGACCUCCGUGAGUCAGAGAACCAGGAAGAGGAAGGUGGGCCUCUCACCUGGGCCCAGCUCGAGCCCACCUCCUUAGUUUCAGUCGGUGCUGUUGAGCCCCUGGGGACUUCACCCCUCUAUGGAGAUUUUGACCUCCAUAGAGGGGAAGCAGGGGGGUCUGAAGCCCUUUCCUUGUGCAGGGAACUGGGGAGACAAAGGGAGGCAGAGGAGAGCCUACACUCAGUUACUGCUGUUUCACCUCUCGGGAUGGGAAGAGGAGAACAGGAUGGAGUGUCUGAUAUAGAAGAAGGGGGAUCUGAUGGCGAUGAGGCGGAGCAGCAAAGUAGUGUCAAGGGAGAGAGCAGUAGCGACUCUGACGAUGAAGAGGGGGGGGAGGAGGAAGAAGAAGAAGAAGAAGAGGAAAAUGAUACGAGUAACUGCGAGUGUGAUGAAUCAGGCCUGGAACCUGGGGAGGUUUGUGCCUAUGCUGCCCUGUCAGUGAAGAGGACCGCUAAGAGCUGGCGUCACCCACUCAGGAAACCUACUGCGAGGGCUGUGCCCACUGCUGUCAAACAACAGGCCGCCAGUGACGAUGAGCCCCCUGAAGCGAGCCUGGCAGAGGAGGAGGAGGAGCAGGAAAUGGAGGCGUGGGCGAAACCCCUCAUCUACCUGUGGCAGAACAGGAAGAGCUGCUUCACAGCGGAGAGGGAGUACAAUGCCCAUGCAGCCUCCAUGCAGCCACACUGUGCUGUGUGCACACUCUUCAUGCCCUAUUAUCAGGCUGAAGACAAAGUAGAGGACACUACACCUAUCGUAGCUAGGGACACAUCCAGAUCCUCCUCUCCAAUGGAGGGCCCCACACGGCCCUGCAGAGGUCUGAGAAGUACCAAGCCCCUGGUCCCAGAGAUCUGCUUUUCUUUCCGGGAGCAGAACUGCCCCCCAACUCCCACCAACCCUCUGCUGCAGGAAGAUGGAACCUCCCCUCUGCUCUACUGCCAGGGCUGUUGCCUGCAAGUCCAUGCAAGUUGCUACGGUGUUGCCGCAGAUGAUGUCGGCGAACAGUGGUCGUGUGAUCGCUGUACAGAAGGAAGCUUUACAGCAGAAUGCUGUCUCUGUAACCUCAGAGGUGGCGCUCUGAAGAAAACCCAAGGCGACAAAUGGGCCCAUGUUAUGUGUGCAGUAGCACUGCCAGAAGCAAGGUUCAGCGAUGAAGCCAAGAGGAGUCCCAUUGACACUAGUAGGAUCCCCAUGCAGCGAUAUAAACUGAAGUGCAUCUAUUGUCGUAAGCGCUGCUCGGGGAAGCGGCAGGCAGGUGCUUGUAUCCAGUGCUCAUGCGGCCGGUGUCCCACCUCCUUUCAUGUGACCUGUGCCCAUGCUGCCGGGGUAAUCAUGGAGCCGGAUGAUUGGCCGUAUGUCGUGUCAAUCACCUGCCAUAGACAUCAAUCACGGAGUUCGACAGCUAAGCAGCGAGCGUGCCAAGCGCCUAUCUCACUCGGCCAGACGGUAAUCUCCAAACACAAGAACCUGCGCUACUACAGCUCAAAGAUCACCGAGAUCACCUCCCAGAUGUUCUACGAGGUCAUGUUUGAUGACGGCUCCUUCUCCAACGAUACCUACCCCGAGGAUAUAGUGAGCAGAGAUUGUAUGAACUUGGGUCCUCCAGAAGUCGGGGAAGCAGUUCAGGUGAAGUGGCCUGAUGGGCUGUUCUAUGGUGCCAAAUACCUGGGAUCCAACGUAUCCUACAUGUAUCAGGUGGAGUUUGAAGACGGGUCUCAGGUGCUGGCAAAAAGAGAAGAUGUCUAUACUUUAGAUGAAGACCUGCCUAAAAAGGUGAAACGUAGACUUUCCACCGCUUCAAGCAUGCGUUUCCAGGACGCCUUCUUCACCACGCAGGGCGAGAGGAAACGGCAGAGAACACCCAACUCACGCUUCCAGAAAGACUAUGUGGCCCUGCCAGGCCUCCGUACAACUGCCAAAAGCACAUGGGAGCAACGUAGCCACAAAGGGAAAUGAAGUCACGGACAAGGAUCAAUGACAAUCCAAUGCACUGACUUACCAGUGGAGGCUGUUUGUGUGUGAGUGUAUGUACGAGUAUGCUUGUGUUGAAGUGUUUUGGAUCUCAACUGUUGCCCAAACAAGUUCCCUGAGAAUAGAUCAAAAGAAACACCUCAAGGGAAUGGGGGAUUUGGGUUUGAUGGAUCCAGCGCGAGCUUGUACAUUUUACAACAGAGAUUGUGACGAGCUGGAGAACAACAGGACACCUGGACUCUUACAGAACGGGUUAACGGAGGGCAACGUUGCCUCGGUUACCUAGUGCUUUCACAUCCGUCAGGGAAAAUAAAUGUGACUCACAUUAGUCACAUCACCCUUUUUUUGAAAUAAAUGACAACAAACUUUUUUCUUUGUACAUGGAAAAAUUCAAAGGUGAAAUUUUUCUAAAUAGCUUGCCCUUGGUAGCUUUUUUCGGGGGGUCUGUUAUUUCCAGAUUUGAUUUUGAAUAUUUAUGCACUUUGCUUGUAGUAUUUUCCUCAUGUCUUACUGUUUCUCGCCGCAUGUUGAACAUUGUGUCCUAACUGCUCCUGCUGGAGUCCAAUGACACUACAAUGGCUUCCUUGCUGCAUGAUUUUUCAUCCAUAUGGACAAAAAUAUAUGAAUAGUGUAAUUUGAUAUUGAAAAAUGAAUCAUUGAUAAGUUUAAAAUCGUCCCUACCUAAGGUGAACGAUUCAGACAGGAAGCCAUGACUUUGUAUUGGAUUCUGUGCACUAUUAACGUGAAAUGCUACUGUUGCUCCAUCGAAUGAAACACAUUGUUGAAAUUAUUUAAAAUUUGUAUUUAUUUUUGGCUUGCUAAAGUUAAACUAUUGCUAACUGCUGUAAUGAAAACAAUAAAAGAA